AUGGAAAAAGAUAAAUUCUUAAAGAUAUUUAACAAUUGUGUUUUAAAUAGAUUAAUAUUCAAACAUGUUAAGAGUAUACAUGAUGUUAUUGGUGGUGUUAGAUAUAGAUGGUCAGAUCUAAUUAAGAAUCCACGAGUAAUGGCUGGUUAUUCAUAUUUAAAUGAACUUAAACUCUAUUAUGAAGAUCAUUCUAUUGGUAGUUUACAAGCAAAUGAUAUAUUUAAAGCAGCAAUAAAAACUGGAAACAUCGAGAUAUUGAAAUAUUUGGUGGAUUUGGCAAAACCAAUAUCAGUAUCGUCACCUUUCUUCCGAAGUAUUUUCGAUAUGAUACUAUGUGAUGCAGUCAUAUAUGGAAGUUUAGAAAUGGUCAAACACAUAUGUACAGAGUUUGAAAAGAAGAGAUUGAAUUUCCAUCCUGCAUUCGUUAGAUCACCACUCUCUGGAGAUAUCGAAAUGAUAAAGUAUCUCAACGAAAAACUGGAGAAUUGUGAUUUCAACAACAAAUCAAAGAGAUAUUUCAUAUUUGACUAUGCUGCAGAGAAAGGUCGAAUCGAUAUCAUUGAAUGGUUGUUCGAGAAUAGAUCAGAAUAUAGAGAAGGAAGUAACAUGUAUCUUAGUGCAAUUAAAGGUGGACAUCUCCAUGUCGUUCAAUAUCUACUCGAUAUCAAUGAACCUAUCAAACAAACUUCACAUCCCGAUCAUAACACAUUGUUUGACGAAUCAAUAUUUUUCAAUCAAUUGGAAAUUGCAAAACUAUUACACCAACACAAUAUCAGAGAAUCACAAUCGACACCAAUUGAUUAUGCAGCAUCACAUGGAAAUAUUUCAAUGUUGAAAUGGUUGAAUGAAAAUACAACUGUCAAAGCAAGUGUGAAUGCUAUGAGCAAUGCAGCAAUGAACAACCAUUUAGAAGCUCUCAAAUGGUUACAUCAACACAGAACUGAAGGUUGUAGUGAUGAUAUAUUUAGCGCUUUGUCUCGUAAAGGUCAUAUUGAAGUUAUACAAUGGUUAUAUGAGAAUCAAAGUAAUGUACUUCAAUCUCAACUAUCAAUCUAUGAAGCUAUUAGCUAUGGUCAUUUAGAACUCGCCAAAUGGUUGUUUGAAAAUCGAAAUGAGCCACCAUCUCCAUUUGCAGUAGGUUUACUAGCAAUGAAUGAAUCAGAAACUCACAAUUUGGAAAUGAUCAAAUGGUUGCAUGAGAAUCAUCCAGUAGGAUUUACAGAAAAUACAAUUUUAUAUACAAUCGAAAAUGGUCAUUUCGAAACAAUGAAAUGGUUGCGAGAAAACAGAACUGAUAUUUCAAGUUUGAAACAGUUGAACUUGAAUAAUAUCUACACAGGAGAUGAAGAAACAAUCAAUUGGUUAUCAGAGAACUUUAAUAUCGAUUGGAAUAAAAUUAUUAAAAAUGAAGUUAGAAAAGAUAAUUCAGAAAUGGUUGACAUUAUUAUCAAAAAGAAUCUCGUUACUAUCGAUUCUAUUGCAAAUAAUUAUAGCUCAUCAUCAUUUCAUUUUUUAAGUCUCAUGAUGGUCAAAUGGUUUCACAACAAUAAAAUCCAAAGUGUGUUCAAUGACAAGUCAAUGGAGAAUUCAAUUAGAGCAAUGAAUUUCCCACUUGUAAAAUGGCUCUAUGAAAACAGAAGUGAUUGUCAAUGUUCUAGCAUAGGUUUUCAAUCGGCCAUCCAAACUGGACAUAUGGGAAUGAUUGAAUACCUCUUGGCGAAACAUCCAGAGUUUGGUCAUCAAACAUCUUUAACCAAAUGCUUGGAAAUGUAUUUUCGAAAUGAUGAUAUCGAAAUGAUUGAAUUCCUUUUCGACAAGAUCGACUUCCCAUUGGAUGAACUGAAGGCAUUUCAAAAGAAGAUAAAAUCCUCAACACUAUCUGAUAAUUCAAAAACACUUUUGAAUAACCAUAUUCAAAAGAAAAUCAAAUUCGAAAUUCAUUCCAGAUCUGGCUUUCAAAUGGAAAAAGAUAAAUUCUUAAAGAUAUUUAACAAUUGUGUUUUAAAUAAAUUAAUAUUCAAACAUGUUAAGAGUAUACAUAAUGUUAUUGGUGGUGAUAGAUAUGGAUGGUCAGAUGUUAUUGAGAAUCCACGAGUAAUGGCUGGUAAUUCAUAUUUAAAUGAACUUAAACUCUAUUAUACAGAUAAUUCUAUUGGUAGUAAUGAUGUUAAUGAUACAUUUAGAGCAGCAAUCAAAAGUGGAAACAUCGAGAUGCUAAAAUAUUUGGUGGAGUUGGUUAAACCUGUAUCUGGUAACAUAAUUAAUUUCGAUAUAAUCUUACGUGAUGCAGCGAAACAAGGAAGUUUAGAAAUGGUCAAACACAUGUGUACAGAGUUUGAAAAGAAGAGUUUGGAUUACCGUUCUGCAUUUAGCAAAUCACCACUCUCUGGUGAUAUUGAAAUGAUCAAGUAUCUCAACGAGAAACUGGCUAUGUCUGAUCAUAAAGAAUUUGACUACCUCUAUGGUUAUAAAUCUAUUUUUUAUUAUGCAGCAAAGAUAGGUCGAAUCGAUAUCAUUGAAUGGCUGUUCGAGAAUAUAUCUGAUGAUAAAGCUGAACGAUAUUUAUAUUAUGGCGCAAUUAAAGGUGGACAUCUCCAUGUCGUUCAAUAUCUCCUUGAUAUCAAUGAACCUCUCGGUAUCCAACAAACUCCACAACAUAAUGGUACAUUGUUUGACUAUUCAAUCGUUUACAAUCAAUUGGAAAUUGCAAAGCUAUUACACCAACACAAUAUCAGAGAAUCACUAUGGUCACCAAUCGAUUAUGCAGCAUCAAAAGGAAAUAUCGAAUGUUUGAAAUGGUUGAAUGAAAAUACAACUGUCAAAGCAAGUGUGUAUUCUAUGAACAAUGCAGCAAUCAACAACCAUUUAGAAGUUCUCAAAUGGUUACAACAACAUCGAACUGAAGGUUGUAAUACAUCAGUAAUUCGUGAUGUGUCUCGUAAAGGUCAUAUUGAAGUUAUACAAUGGUUAUAUGAGAAUCAAAGUAAUGUACUUCAAUCUCAACAAUCAAUCAAAGAAGCUAUUCGCUAUGGUCAUUUAGAACUCGCCAAAUGGUUGUUUGAAAAACGAAAUGAACAACCAAGUGAAGAUGCAAUAGAUUAUGGAGUAAAGAAUAAAUCAGAAACCCACAGUUUGGAAAUGAUUAAAUGGUUGCAUGAGAAUCAUCCAACUGUAAGAUGUACAGAACAAGCUAUUUUAAAUGCCAUCGAGAACGGUCAUUUCGAAACAAUGAAAUGGUUGCGAGAAAACAGAACUGAGAUUUCAACUUUGAAAAUACUUAGCUUGAUAGUUAUUAACAAAGGAGAUGCAAAAACAAUCAAUUGGUUAUCGAAGAACUUUAUAAUCGAUUGGGAUUUUGUAAUUAGAUAUGCAGUUAGAAACGAUAAUUCAGAGUUGGUUGACAUUAUUAUCAAUCAGAAUCUUUGUACUAUCGAUGAUUUUGACAAUGAUUGUAUCACAACAGCAUUUUACCAUGGAUAUCUUAAGAUGAUCAAAUGGUUCUACAACAACAAUAUUCAAGGUGUGUUCAAUGAAGAGUCAAUGGAGUAUGCGAUAAGAGGAUUACAGUUCCAACUUGUAAAAUGGCUCUAUGAAAACAGAAGUGAUUGUCAAUGUUCAUUCAAUGCUUUUCAAUCAGCAGCCAUCAAAUCUGGACAUAUGGGAAUGAUUGAAUACCUCUUGGAGAAACAUCCAGAGUUUGGUCAUCAAAUAUCUUUGGAGAAAUCUCUUGAGAAUUAUUUAAAAGAAGAUGAUAUCGAAAUGAUUGAAUUCCUUUUGGACAAGUUCGACUUCCCAUUGGUCGAACUAAAGGAAUUUGAAAAGAUCAUAAAUUCCAAAAAAGAAUAUUCUGAUAUUUCAAAAACACUGAUGACCAUAUUCAAAAGAAAAUCAAUUUAA